GGUCGUACCCAAUCUGGAGCCGCUUCGGCUUAGAACGAAUGCUCGGCGGCUGCAACAAUUACCAGGCGCAGCCCCUCUCUCUCUCUCUCUCUCGGUUGCUGGCAAUGGCGUUUGCGUCUUCAAUCACUGCUUCCUUGCAUGGGCUCUCGUCCAAUACACUAUCCCGCGAAAGCUAUACCGCAUCGAGGAUCUGCUCUUCACCUCUCUCUCUACCUCAAUCCUCUGGUCCUGUCUCCAAACUGGAUUUGACCUGUCAAUGGAGCCAGAGAAAGUCAUUGCCCUUUCGUAUUUGUGCUUCAGUUGCAGAUGUUGUACGUGAAACAUCUUCAGAGGAAAAUCAGCUUGCCAAAGGUGACAUCUGGUCGGUUCAUAAAUUUGGAGGUACCUGUGUGGGAAGCUCCGAAAGAAUUCGAAAUGUUGCAGAGAUAAUUGUUAGUGAUGACUCAGAAAGGAAGUUGAUUGUUGUGUCUGCCAUGUCAAAGGUGACAGAUAUGAUGUAUGAUCUGAUUGACAAGGCACAGUCGCGGGAUGAUGCUUAUAUAGGUGCAUUGGAUGCUGUUCUAGAAAAGCACAAGUUAACAGCACUCGAUCUACUUGAGGGGGACGAACUUACUCAUUUCUUAUCACAGUUGCAUGAUGACAUCAAUAACCUUAAAGCUAUGCUUCGUGCAAUAUAUAUAGCUGGUCAUGCAACAGAGUCCUUUGCAGACUUUGUUGUAGGGCAUGGAGAGUUAUGGUCUGCUCAGAUGUUGGCAUCUCUUGUCAGAAAGAGGGGGAUGGAUUGUAAUUGGAUGGAUACAAGGGAUGUCCUUGUUGUAAACCCGACUAGUUCUAAUCAAGUUGAUCCAGAUUACUCAGAAUCUGAAAAAAGACUUGAGAAGUGGUUUUUGCAAAAUUCAUCGAAGGCAAUCAUUGCCACUGGUUUUAUAGCUAGCACUCCUCAAAAUAUUCCGACAACUUUGAAAAGAGAUGGAAGUGACUUCUCUGCUGCAAUAAUGGGUGCUUUAUUCAGGGCACGCCAAGUCACAAUCUGGACAGAUGUUGAUGGUGUUUAUAGUGCUGAUCCCAGAAAAGUAAGUGAAGCUGUGGUACUGAAGACAUUGACUUAUCAAGAAGCCUGGGAAAUGUCGUAUUUUGGGGCAAAUGUUUUACAUCCUCGGACCAUCAUUCCCGUGAUGCAAUAUGAUAUUCCAAUUAUUAUAAGAAAUAUCUUCAACCUCUCAGCCCCUGGAACUAUGAUCUGCCGUACUUCUGUCAAUGAGUUUGAAGACAGGACACAUUUGGAACCUGUGGUCAAAGGGUUUGCAACAAUAGAUAAUUUGGCUCUUGUAAAUGUUGAGGGAACUGGGAUGGCUGGUGUUCCUGGUACAGCUAGUGCCAUUUUUGGUGCAGUGAAGGAUGUAGGAGCUAAUGUUAUCAUGAUAUCCCAGGCUAGCAGUGAGCAUUCUGUGUGCUUUGCCGUCCCUGAGAAGGAAGUAAAAGCUGUUGCUGAGGCUUUACAGUCCACAUUUCGUCAAGCUCUGGACGCAGGGCGUCUUUCUCAGGUUGCAGUCAUCCCAAACUGUAGUAUUUUGGCAGCAGUGGGCCAGAAAAUGGCAAGCACUCCUGGAGUCAGUGCUACACUUUUCAAUGCACUUGCAAAGGCUAACAUUAAUGUCCGUGCCAUAGCCCAAGGUUGUUCAGAGUAUAAUAUCACUGUGGUUCUCAAACGAGAAGACUGUGUGAGGGCCUUAAGAGCUGUGCACUCAAGAUUUUAUCUCUCGAGAACAACAGUAGCAAUGGGUAUUGUUGGAGCUGGAUUGAUUGGUGGGACCUUGCUUGACCAGCUCAGAGAUCAGGCAGCAGUCCUCAAGGAAAAGUUUAACAUUGACUUGCGUGUAAUGGGCAUCACUGGCUCUAGGAGAAUGCUUUUGAGUGACAUGGGUAUUGACUUGUCUAAUUGGAGAGACCUUCUAAGGGACAAAGGAGAAGCGGCUGACGUGGAGCAAUUUGUUCAACAUGUGCAUGGAAAUCAUUUUAUUCCAAAUACUAUGCUGGUUGAUUGUACAGCAGACUCUGGUAUUGCAAGCCAUUACUAUGACUGGUUGCGGAGAGGAAUUCACAUAAUUACUCCAAAUAAGAAGGCAAAUUCAGGACCACUUGAUCAGUAUUUGAGGUUGAGAGCACUUCAGCGACAGUCCUACACACAUUACUUCUAUGAAGGUACUGUUGGAGCUGGUCUUCCAAUCAUCAGCACUUUACAGGGUCUCCUUGAAACUGGGGACAAGAUAUUGCGGAUUGAAGGCAUUUUCAGUGGGACUUUGAGUUACAUUUUCAACAACUUUUUAGGCACACGAGCUUUCAGUGAGGUGGUUAUGGAGGCAAAAGAGGCAGGUUACACUGAACCAGAUCCAAGGGAUGAUUUAUCUGGAAAGGAUGUGGCCAGAAAGGUGAUAAUUCUUGCCAGAGAAUCAGGUUUAAAGCUUGAACUUUCAGAUAUCCCUAUUGAGAGUCUGGUGCCAGAACCAUUGAGGGGUAAUGCUUCAACUAAGGAGUUUCUCCAGCAACUGCCGCAAUAUGACCAAGACAUUGCUAAGAAGCGUCAGGAUGCAGAUGAUGCCGGGGAAGUCUUGAGAUAUGUUGGAGUGGUGGAUGUGGUUAAUCAGAAAGGAGCAGUUGAAUUGGGAAGAUACAAGAAAGAUCAUCCUUUUGCACAGCUUUCGGGCUCUGACAACAUCAUUGCUUUCACUACCGAAAGGUACAAGCAACAGCCUCUGAUAAUCCGAGGACCAGGUGCAGGCGCCCAAGUCACAGCCGGUGGAGUCUUCAGCGACAUCUUGCGGCUUGCUUCAUAUCUAGGUGCCCCCUCAUAAUAACACUCUUCUGGAGCCAUGAACAUUGUGACGUCUUUCUUCUUCAAGGCCCCAAAUCUCAUCUCCUUCCCAUGUAGUCUCUAAGUCUCACCAUUCAGACUGUCUCCUUUAAGGUUUAACUUGUCAAGGAAGAUGUGUUGAUUAUAUGGUGCCUGGGCUAGUGCAUGGGUACCUGGAAAAAGUUGCCAGUGUUUUGGUUGAGAUGUUUUGUUUUGUUUUUCACUAGCUAGUUUGUCUUGUCUUAGCUCAAGAUUUACAGUUUUAUGCAUACUCUGGCUAACGCCAACUCUGGUUGCUCCAAUGAAUAGAGAGAAGAAUUGUCCAACAGCUCCAGGACAUCAAUCUUACGCUAAUAAUUAGGGGUCACAAUCCUGCUUUUCAUAAAGAUAAUCUAGAUUCGUUUUAUAAUUGUAAAGAUGCUAUUGACUCGUAAUUCUAUAAGAAUUUUUGUAAA